AUGGGACGUGAGGAGCAAAGGAAGGACUUGGUGCAUGGACGCAGCUCAACUGGAUACGCAAAGGAAGAAGGAGGAAGUCAUCUUGAAGACCAGCUCGACCAUCCUACUCGACCAAGCUUCAACUCGAUCGAGCUGAGAAGUCAACAGUCAAACCCGAAAAAUGUUGCUUCCCCCUUGACUUCCUUUGACCCUAAACCUAAUCUCUUUGUGUAUGCGAACUCGAUCGAGUCGGACAACAGAAGACUUGGUCGAGCUAGACUUCACCACGGUAGAAAGAGAAGUCAAGGACUCAGAGGGUACAAGAGGAACCUGAGGUGCUUGUUACUGAUACCAUGGAUGUACCAGAGGGGAAUGGAAACCCUUUGGGUAAUGGACCCGGUCGAGCUCGUCAACCUCGACCAAUUGGUCUCGGAGAUACUCCAAACCGCCAUUAACAGAGACAAGGGAUUGGGCCACCACCUGUGCAGAACCACAACUUUGAGAUCAAGCUGGGUAUGA